AUGAAAUCACUUUGUUGGGAAGAAAGGGACAUACGUGUUGAUAGAGGAUUCCUACACAAUCUUCGUUUUGUGCACGACAUCGUUCUCUUUUCAAGAAAUACCAAUGAAGCAGUGACUAUGCUCAAGGAGCUGAACAAAGUGGGGAAGAGAAUAGGACUGCGAAUAAACAGAAAGAAGUCACAGUUCAUGGAGAACGCCUUCGGCGAGGACGGAGGAGUACAACUUGAUAGCUCCCAAAUCGUGGAAACUUCGUCACAAGUACACCUAAGACAUUCUAUGAAUAUGGAAAACGACUUGAAGAAAGAACUAAAUAGAAGGAUGAGAGCAGCAUGGACAGCAUUAGUACCCGCCAGAGAAGCUAAGGACGAACGGACGAAUGUCUCCGUGCCCAUCUCUUUGAGUCAUUUCUUCCAGCGCUCUAAUACGCAGCGGAGACGUGGGCAGACAUUGCUGCCACGUCUAGGAAACUACUCACUACCCACAGAGCCUUUGAGAGAUGUCUUCUGA